AGAGAUGAACAAUUGGAAGAUAAAAGUGAUGAGGAUAACUUGUAACUCGAAAAGAUGAAAUAAACUUUUCGCAACUUUUUUUCUUCGAUCAAUCCAACAAUCAACUAAUUGUUUAUUAAGUGUAGAAAUUGGAUUAUCAAUAAUGUUAACAAUCUAAAUGAUUCUCAAAGUGUUCAUGUCUUUAUUAAUCACAAUGAAAGAUUGUCUGAGUUUAUUGAGAGGAAAAAAAUUCGAUUGAAUUUUUUUUCCUAAUUUUCAUCCCGAAUUCAGAGUGACCUUUACAUUAGUCAGCCAAAAGUGUCCAGGAAUCUUAUUCAUAUGAAAUUUCCACAUCAUUCACCAUAAUAAUCAAGUGGAUGGAAUAAAAUAUUCAUAUAAUCUGAUUGGAACAAAAAAAGUUUCGAAUUUUUUUCUCUCUUUUUUACCUUCGAUCAACAUUUUCGACAUACAAAAGUCCCAAUGGAUUUUGUGAAUUACUGUUACUUGUAUUUACUUAUACUUCUCUAUGUAACAAUCAAAGAAUCAGAUUUAACGUCUCUCCAAGUAAUUAAAUUUGAAGUUCCUGAAAAAGUGGUUGCCGGUAAUUCAACUAAAUUAAUUUGCUCAACGGGACCUGAUUUCGGUAGAUUGGCAACAAUUAAAUGGUAUCGUAACGAUUCAGAGUUUUAUCGAGUCCAAUUUAAACCUCCAAGGAUGAAAACAUUUCCCGCCGUGGGAAUCCAAAUAAACGAAGAAAAAUCUUCCAAAGGAAUUGUUAUUCUGGACAAUGUUACCUUAGAAACCGCAGGUAACUUCAGGUGUGAAGUGACCAGAGAAAUGGACUUUACAACUCAUGAGAAAAACGGAACCAUGGAUGUAAUUGAAAUGUUGCCUCCUCUCCCAGGAGAUUCAAAUCAAUCUUCAACACCUCUAUCAAGGACAACGAUAUUUAUCAUUGCAAUUACUUCAGUGUUAAUGUUAACCUGUUGACUGAUAACGUUGAUAAUGAUAAUAACAGUAACUAAAAGUUGAUUAAGUUAAUUGUUGUUACUUGUGUGUAUUAUUAUCAUUAUCAUAUUAAUUUUACAUCAAUUCAAUUCGGUUCCUUUUUAUUGUGGCUCAAUAAACAAUCAAUGGACAUGAUUGAAUUUACAACAAAGUUACACCAAUGCCUUGGACUAAUUCAUACAGUUAAUCAUCAUCAUCAACUUUGUUUCUCAAUUAAUAUCAUCAUCAAGUGAUGAAAACUGAAAACAUCAUCAGCAUAUAUUUUAAAAAAGUGAAAGUUAAUCCAAACCAAAUCAUUAGCUUAUCAAUUUACUAAUUACUUUGGUUAAUCAUCUGUUAAUUGUGCUAAUUGUGAAGGGAUCAUAAAGGGAAUCCAUUUUGAUUUGGAAAAUUUUGUUUUUUGUUAAUCAAUGAAAUUGUAAAUUUUUAUCAUCAACAUCAUGAUCCUGGACAAUUUAACUUAUCAUGUAAAAAUCAGCGGUUUUUAAUUAAUCUAAUUAACACAGUUUUCUUGUUUAUUUCCCUGUAGAUUAAUUAAAUCAAUUGGAUUAAUCAUAAAGUUGCAAAUUGUAAUUGAGUUUUAAUAUUUAACUGAAAUGAUUAAACAAACGAAAAGGUGACAAUUAAUAAAUUACUGUUUAUCUAAAUUGUUACAGUGAUUUAAACAUAAUCUUUAAUUGAUUUGUCGACUUGACCAAUGGUCAGAUGUUGAUGGAUUUUU